UGGUAAGUGUCUGCAUGUUAGUAAACUGGGUGUUGUGUAGAUAACACUGGGAAUCAUUGGGUUUCUUCUCUAGUAGGAGCACAGCAAGUGAUGGAGAUGCGAGAGCAGAAUUCCGUGAGUUUGGAAGGAGGAAUUGAUGACAACUUUUCAUGAUUUAGUUAAGUUUUUUUCAACAGCCACUUCCAAGGGCACAUCAACCAGUCAGCGAAUCCACUUGUUCCAGCAGGAGAUGGGAGGUGGGGGCGGAGAUGGAGCGUGGGGAGGAGCGACAUUCACAGUUCGGGAAUCGGUGCCUUUCAAGUGUCGCUGUGCGUCCCCUCCGGCCUCCAGGUCUCCCCUGAGCCCCGCCAACUAAACACACACCGCCUCCCACCCCCCAUGCCUGCCGUCCGCGCCACCUCGACCACCUCCCACAGCGGACUGCUGGGGAUUACUGGGCCGAUUCUGGCCGAGAGGAUUCCCGGGACUCGGCGCGAAUUGCCCGCCUCCUCCCGCGUCUCCGCCCCCUGCCAGGGCCGCUGGGCGCCGAGGGAGGCGAGGGUGCCGCCGCAGGAAAAUGAGCGGUGCCCGGAGGGUGGCCCCGAGCUGCAGCGACAUUCCCGCGGCUGUCUCUUGGAGCGGCAGGAGGCUGCGGCUGCGGUGAACGGGGUCCCGCGGCGGGCGUCGAUGCCUCUGAAGAUGGAGAAGUUUCUGCAGAUCGCGCCUCACUCUCUGGCCAUCGUCCUGGGCCCCGCCGAGGGUCCGGCGGGGGAGAGGUCCCGGGCCGCCCAGGCCGCGCCCCCGGCCAAGCCCCGGCAGCUCGCCCGGCACCACAUCGGCUACGAGAUCUUCGCCGACUUCAAAGCCGAGAACAUGCAGCACUUCUGGAACAAGAAGGUCACGGCCGCCGUGGCCGAGACCUUCUUCCUGGGCUGGAUCGACGAGCAGGUUCUGCUGAUCCAGGGCAAGGAGGAGCACCUGGAGGCACUGCGCGAGGGCUGGACGCGCCGAGCUCUGCGGCCGCCCUCAGGCUUCCACAUCCGCUGCCUCGGUGAGUCCCGGCCCCUUGGGGCCCCUGCCCCGCCCUGAGCCCGCAGCGGGCACCGCGCAGGGGACGGCGGCUCCCUCGAACGCCGCGCGCCUCCCUCCACCUACGCGCCCGGGCCGGGGGAGGGGCCGGCGGUCCUCUAAGAGCCCGGGAUUGGGGAAC